UACAAAUUUAUAGAAAAAAGAACAAUUUGUAAUGUCAAGAGAAUAAAGCUAUAAAUUUAUUGUAUUGAUUAUAACUAAAUUUGCCUAUAAUAACAGUUUCGUAUACAUUUUCAUUUACAUGAGAUAUGGAGUCGCCGAAACCAGACUUAAUUGCUAUAUAUCGGUUAGAGUUUUAUAAGAAGAAGAAAAACUGGAAACUAUCGGAUGCGAAGAAACAUAAGCGUGAUAAAAUCUCAAACCUCAAGAAGCUCUUGAACCAGACUUAUGAUGUGGAUGAACCUAAAGUAGAAUUUUCUCAGCUAAAUAAUGCAUUUCUUGAUACGGAACCUGACAGCAAUGCAACUACUAAUAAUCAACAAGUAAAUAUAUCAAAGGAUAUUGAAGACACCAACUUUGUCUCUAAUUCAGUUACGGAAUUUCAAGAAAUUAAGCAAAUAAAAGAUAAUACAGUUGAAUUGGUAGAAUUACCAGAUAUAUCAUCUUUGGAUGGGCGAAUGGAAAUUGUACAGAACUAUUUAGAUCAGCAAACAGAAGAUGUACAAAACUAUUCAAAUAAUUAUAGAUAUCUGGAAGAUGACAAAUAUUGGCAGGAUCAUAAUGGAAAUUGGAGAAUUGUACCUGAAUUUACACAAUAUUAUCCUAACGAUCCGACACAAGUUAACAAUGGUUUAGACUGUGGAGACAAUGCAGCAAACACACUCGACUGGCAACAGAGAGAAGAUCCCUUUUGGGUACCUACUGAUGAUCUACACUGGCUGUCUAAUUUAUAUUCGUACGGUGCAGUGGAGGCAGACAAUUGUGAGAUACAAACCAGUGACAAUUCAGUUGAUAGCUGGGGUGAGUUCGUGCGAGGGGCGGAUGUCGCACCACACUCCUCAGAGAUCGAGCUGACAUUGCCCAAAUGUUAGUUACAUACAUUUUUUUUAUAGUAAUCACAUACCUAUCUUCAAUUUAAUUUCCAAGCAGUGGCUUUUAGGUGUGCUAACUGUGCAGAUCGUAUCGCCCAUAACCAUCUUAACAAAUAUUUGAUUUCUC